AUGUCUCAGGAAUGCACUUCUUUUAUCGUCGACGGAUGCCAUUCCUUAAUUCAAUCAAAACAAUAUAAUUCUAUUAUCGAAUAUUUAAAAUUUGUACUUAUAGAGAAAUGUAAGAAGAUGAGAAAGACUGACUAUGUCAGUCUAUAUAUAUGUAACACAUACAAUGUUAUAAAUGACCAAGACAUCGAAGAUAUAGUCCAGUUAUGUUCCUGUAUGGCACCAGUAAAUGGCCAGUUAAUGCAUUCUUUAAUUUUUGGUCUCACUAAAUAUAACAAUUUAGAUGAAAUAAGAGCGGUAGAUGAAGGUGGACAGACGGUAAUUAAGACCAUACUUCUAUCUGCUAUUCAAAUAAGAGAAAAGUUUAACAAUAAAAGAAUAAAAAAACAGAUAGUGAUAUUUUCUGACAAUCUAGACAAUCUCGAUAUAGAAGUGGAUGAAUUGGAUCUUGUUAAGGAUCAACUAGGUGAUAUAAAGUUAAUUUUAGUCAACUGUUCAUCUUCAACAGGUAUUUGUGAGAGUGGUCAAUGGGAUCAAAUUAUAAAAUAUCAAAAUAAAUAUGGAAUUGAUUCAAAUGUUGUUUCACUUGAAGGUUUGGUGAAAAAAAUAGAUGAAAUACAACUUCCUUUGGUUAAGCCAGUUAGAAUAUUUUCUGGUGAAUUAAGAUUUGGUGCAAAUGUUGAAGAUAUCACCAGUUCAGAUUUAAGGAUCCGUGAAAAAUUUUUUAAAGAUAAGUUUUCUUUAUGUAUAACUGUAGAAGGAUAUCCUGCUACUAAGACUGUAUCUGGUUUAAACAGAAAGGUUAUGCUUAAGCAAUCUAGAGAACCACAAGGUGAUGAUAGUAAACAAUACGAAUACCUCCCUGUAAAAUCUAUCAUUGAAUAUGAAAUUUUACGAUCUCAGACCACAGAUAAAACAACUGAAUCACAAGAUGAUACCAUAAAAAUAAAGAAGGAGAUAAAAGAAGAAAUGAAAAUUAAAAUAAAAAGUGAAGAAAAUAAAAACAACGAAAAAUCAAAUAAUAUUGCAGUAGGAAUUAAAAAUAUUACUAAGGCAUAUAGAUACGGAUCAGAUUAUGUGGUAUUGCCUCCCACAUUAUCGGAAGAAAUGGGGUACCAUGCAGCCCCUGGAUUAGAUAUUAGAGGAUUUGCAUCGAGAUUAUCUUUACCAAGACAAUAUUUAACCUCAGAGUCAACAAUGAUUAUACCUGAUACAAGAUUAGGUAAUAAGGCAGAUAUACGUUCAUUUAGUACUCUUGUUGAUGUGAUGUUAAAACACGAUAAGAUUGCGAUUGCACGAUAUGUCAGUAAAUUUAACGGAGAAGUUAGUAUGGUAUGUUUGUGUCCUUUAUUAGUUAGUAAUUCAGAUAUUUCGACAUCAAAUUACCUGCCUAAUUUUAAUUCAGAUGAAUCUGACGUUAACUAUAAUGCACAUACCAGAGUAAUGAUAUUAAAUGUCUUACCAUAUAUGGAGGAUGAAAAACAUAUGAUAUUUCCCUCAUUAUUAAAUCCACGUACAUCAAGUGGUAAGAUUAAGAAAGAAGAAAAUGAAUUAGAUGAUGACCUAAUGCAAAAAUUCAUUAAUUCGAUGGAUACAGAUGAUAAUGCAUCGUUAGAUAAUGCUUUAUUAUAUCGACAUUACAGCGAACUUAAUAACCGACAUAAUACAAGCAUUCUAUUACCAGAAAACAACAGUACAAAUAGUUUAUUAAACAAUGACCCAACAUUAAAGCCACACGUAACAUUGCAUUAUAAAAACCUUGUAUUGCAUGAGUGGGUAAAACAAAAGUACUUAUCUCAAGAUGCUACUUUCAAAAAAUUUGAGUUGCCUCAGUUUCCUGAAUUACUGAAAGAUGAAACUACGCCUUAUGUUAAUAUUCAAAAGCAAUUAAGUGAAGAAGAUAAAAAUAAGAUAAAAGAAGCUUGGCAAACACAAGAAGGUGAGUUAUUGACUUUGACACAGGACCAGAAAAGUUCAGAUUCAUUAAAGUAUUGGUUAGCUACUGAGUUAGGACCAUCUCAAUUUGAUCUUGACUAA